AUGGCACCAACAACUGAAUCUAAAGCUCGCAAACGCAAGCCACGUCCAAGAAAGAGAAAACGAGGUGUCCGUACUCGUGAAGGUCAGGCGCGCCCGGCAGAUGCAGGCUCUCCAGUCCAACCGCUCGUCGAAAUACUCAACGGGACGACAAAGCGUGCGACAAAGCGUCGCAAAGCCAAGGCUAAGAGAGCAUGGGCAGCACUUGUACCGGACUCUGCUGAUCCACUUGAAAGAAACAUCGUCGAGCAUCUACCCAUGCCAGCUGGCUAUGUUCUAGUCCCCAAGGGCAAUGUCUACAUUACCCGGCACUGCCGCAGCAGAACCAAAAAAUCUGGGCGCAUUGUAUACGUCGUCUAUAACUGCACGGGCAAAAGAACUCUGGGCAUCCGCGUGCCAGAGGAAAUCCACAAGAAAGUCCUCGAAUCCGCCGCCGAAACAGAGGAAUCACGCGCAAGCGCCGUGCAAGCCCGCGACGCCAAAGACCUACUUAAACACCGAGAGCUCCUCCUAAAGGAGUACCCACUCAUGCCCAAGAAGACGCUGAAACUCAUCCUCGAGCAUGCAUUCCUCAAGGGGUCAGGGCGUGUAGGACGCACGGGAAUGAUCACUGAUGAGCAGAAGACACACUUGGCCGUGGAGGCGCAUAUUCGACAUGUGCAUACACCGUACGACAAGUUGCUCGAUGAUGGAGUCGGUCGGAAGAAUGCUCGUGAGCAGGUUUGGUCUAUUAUCCAGGAUGUUGAGCGGGCUUGGCAGGGUUGCGAGAAAGCGGAAAUCAAACUGGCCUUGCGUCCGGCUCAGGACUAA